AUGUCUUACGGAGGUGGAUACGGCGGCGGCGGCGGCUACGGCGGCGGUCGCGGUGGUGGUGGUGGUGGCUACUCGAACGGCUACGACAAGUAUGGCUCUGGCGGUCGCGACCACGGUGGUUACGGUGGCAGCAACGGCUACUCCAACGGCCAUGGUGGCGGCCACGGCGGCGGUGGUGACAGAAUGUCUAACCUUGGUGCAGGUCUUCAGAAGCAAAACUGGGAUCUCAGCACGAUGCCCAAGUUCGAGAAGUCUUUCUACAAGGAGGACGAUGCAGUUGCCAACCGAUCCCAACAAGAAGUUGACCGAUUCCGCAGAGACCACAAGAUGACAGUUCACGGUAGUGAUGUGCCCAAGCCUGUCGAGACCUUUGACGAGGCUGGUUUCCCUCGCUAUGUCAUGGAUGAGGUCAAGGCCCAGGGUUUCCCGGCCCCCACCGCUAUUCAGUCGCAAGGCUGGCCCAUGGCCCUUUCGGGUCGCGAUGUCGUUGGUAUUGCCGAGACUGGUUCCGGAAAGACACUUACUUACUGUCUUCCCGCUAUCGUCCACAUCAACGCUCAGCCCCUCCUGGCACCUGGCGAUGGCCCUAUCGUCCUGGUUCUGGCUCCUACUCGUGAGCUGGCAGUUCAGAUCCAGCAGGAGAUUACCAAGUUCGGUCGCUCCUCCCGCAUCCGAAACACCUGUGUUUACGGUGGUGUUCCCCGUGGUCCCCAGAUUCGCGACCUGACCAAGGGUGUUGAGGUCUGCAUUGCGACUCCCGGCCGAUUGAUCGACAUGGUGGAGAGCGGCAAGACUAACCUGCGACGUGUGACUUAUCUCGUCCUCGAUGAGGCCGAUCGUAUGCUUGAUAUGGGUUUCGAGCCCCAAAUCAGAAAGAUCAUCAGCCAGAUUCGCCCUGACAGACAGACGCUCAUGUGGUCCGCCACAUGGCCCAAGGAGGUCCGAGCCAUGGCUGCUGACUUCUUGACUGACUUUAUUCAAGUCAACAUUGGUUCUCUGGACCUGUCUGCUAACCACCGUAUCACUCAAAUUGUCGAGGUCGUUACGGAAUCGGAGAAGCGUGACAAGAUGAUCAAGCACCUCGAGAAGAUCAUGGACGACAAGGCCAAUAAGUGUCUCAUCUUUGUUGGUACUAAGCGCGUUGCCGACGACAUUACCCGAUUCCUCCGCCAGGAUGGCUGGCCGGCACUUUCCAUUCACGGUGACAAGCAGCAAAACGAGCGUGACUGGGUCCUUGACCAGUUCAAGAACGGCAAGAGCCCCAUCAUGGUUGCCACCGAUGUGGCUUCGCGUGGUAUUGAUGUCCGCAACAUCACUCACGUGUUCAACUAUGACUACCCCAACAACUCGGAGGAUUACAUCCACCGUAUUGGUCGUACUGGUCGUGCUGGUGCCAUGGGUACUGCCAUUACCCUGUUUACUACUGAUAACUCCAAGCAAGCUCGUGACCUGGUGAACGUUCUGCAAGAAGCUAAGCAGCAGAUUGAUCCUCGCCUGCAGGAGAUGGUCCGCUACGGCGGUGGCGGCGGUGGUCGCUACGGCGGCAGAGGUUGGGGCCGCGGUGGCCACAGAGGUGGCCGUGGUGGUGGUGGUGACCGAAGCGGUGCCAAUGACCAACCUCUUGGCAACCGCCGCUGGUAA